AUGUCGAGCCAUCGCUUCUACAAAGAGGACUUGAGUUUCGCCUUGCAAAAUGGACCCCUUUUCUGCGACCUGGCCGGUGCCCAUGGCAAGCAUACACCGACUGGGUGCAGUACCAACUCGAGUGGGUGUCGGGGUCCACACGCCUCCGUCCGUUGGAUGCUGUCAGGUGAGCCACUGUACGAGAUUCCAGCCAAGACGAUCACGGAGCCUCGGCAAGGAGCGAGCGUCAAGAACCCGAGCAAGAUCAUGAUCGAGGAGCCCAUGUAUCUCAUCUUCAAUGUAGCCAUGUCGAGUAAGUGGGGAGCGCAGCCACCCAACCCCAAGAAUGUCUGUCGUGGCGACGGACUGGACCCCGUCGCGAACGCCAUUUGCGACGCCUUCCCCAUGUACCUGAAGCUCGACUACAUUCGCGUGUACCAAGAUCUGUCCCCUGGCUCACUCAUGAGUGUAGGCUGCGAUCCAUCGACACACCCGACGCGUCGGUGGAUCCUGGACCACCUCGACGAGUACGAAGAUGAAGAGAAUAAACUUGUGGAGGUGCGCGGCAAGGCCUUCUGUCGUACGGACGCGGACUGCACUGUCCAAACCGCUCACCGACGAGCCCACGGGCCGAGAUCGACGUUUGUCCGGACAGGGAGAUGCCUCAACCGGCGCUGUGAGUGUGUGAGCCUUCUCGGAGCUCGUACGGCCAAUGUAGUUCCGGUUCUUGAGGGCAGGAAGGCACUUGCGUGUCACUGUGCAAAUUGA